GCCCAUUUCUCAUCAUCACUCUCCUCUUGCCCUACCUCCUCCUUCUGUUUGUAAAACCUCCACAACCACCACCACCACUCAAUUCUCAAACCUUCAUCUCAGUAGCAAAACGACUCCGUUUCAAUCACCAAAACCAUGCUUCGCCUCUCAAAGCUAAAACCACUCUUCCACUCAACAAAUCCACCACUAUCAUCUUCUCCUCACCAACUCCUCCAACGCUGCUCCGUCAGCCGCACCGCCAAAGGAAAAGGCAAAGCGGGUCAAAUCCUAAAACGCUCAAAAAUCACUGUCAAAAAAACCGGAUCCGAACCCAAACCCGGAACCCCCACCGGUUCACGCGAGAAACAAGAAAAGGAGCGUCUCUAUAAGCAAUGCAUCGACGCACCGACUCCACUCCGCCACCUGAAACCCAAACAACGCGAACGAGAAGCCGAACGCGAGAAAUUAGGGUUAAUCAGCAAAGAACGCCAGCGAGAAAUCGAUAUGACGAAGAAGAAAAAUCAGAAGUUUAGGGUUUCUGAGAAGCCGUCGAUUGUCGGAACACCGGGUUUGGAUUACAUAACGUUGGGUUUGGUUGAUGUUGAGAAAUUGCCCAAGUAUGAAUUGACUGCUGAAGAUGGGAAGAGAUUGGCGAAGGAGUAUAGUAGGGUUUUGAUGAGGAAGCAUAGAGCGAGACAAGCUGCUGAAACGAAGCUUUUGGGGUUGAAAAAGGAAGCUAUUGAAGCUUUGCCGGAUAAGCUGAAAGAAGCUGCUUUGGUGCCGGAUUUGUCUCCGUUUCCGGUUAAUCGGUUUAUGGCUACUCUUACUCCUCCUAUUGAGGGGUAUAUUGAGAAAAUUAGGGAAGCUGCUAAUAGGAUCAGUGGGAAAGAGAAGAUUAGAUAGAUUGAGGGAUGAUCGGUUCGUCACAGCAGGUUUGCCUUGAAGUUGCCGAAGCACUUUUUUUUAACGUAAGAACUCUAUCGAUCAAAUUUCAUUUGAUGGGGCCAGAAUGAGUUAGUGGAGCUUUUUGAAGAGUAAAAUACGUUCAACAGAAUGGCAGUUUAAAGUAAUAAUUCAUGGACAUCUAUUCUUUAUUUUUCCUUUUGAUAGUAAAUCAGGAAUGAUGUGAAUGAACAAGUCAUUUUGGUUGGUACAGAGUUUAUGUUGUUUUGAAAUUUUAGAGUUGAUGUUUGGUAUUAGCAGCUUGGCAGCAUAAAAUAGAUUGGUUUUGUAACAGCUUUUUGUUUGUUUUCAAAUGAUUUAUAUUUCUACAAUAACAAACUUCAGCAACACUUUUUUUAAUGAUUAA